AUGAAAAUACCUGUCACGGCCGCGUUAGCGACGAUACUUUUGGUGCCCUUACUGGGCAUUUCUUUUGCAUUUGCAAUACCCACAGUGUAUCAAACCCCUUUUCAUUAUAACGAAAACCCAGAAAAUACCCAGUUUUCAUCGAAUGAACCAGCAUACAACGUGUCGGAAUGUCCAUCACCAGAAGCACGACCGGUGAUUCGUGUCGCUGUGGUUGGAGCCGGUAUUUCCGGGACAAGUGCCGCUUACUUACUAUCAAAGGCUCAGAAGCAUUUAGAUAAGGUGAAUGCGUAUGGUAUACCGGGAUGUAAAAACGUGACAUGGCCAGAGCGUGUGCUUGUGACGGUGUAUGAGCGUAGUGAAAAGAUCGGUGGCCGAAUUCAAAGCAUCCAUCCACUGGACGAUCCAAAAUAUCCGCCAAUUGAAUCAGGUGCUAGCAUAUUUUCCGAGGUAAAUGCGCAUUUGGUUCAGGCAUCAAGUUCGCUCCAUCUUGAGCGAACACCGCGUGAAAUGAUUCCUAAUGGGGGCUAUGGACUUUGGAAUGGCGAAGAAAUGUUGAUUGACAAUUUUGGUGGAAGCAAGUGGGAUCAAUUACGUCUAUAUUGGAGAUACGGUUUUAGUCCACAGACGACACUGAACCUGUGA